AUGGUUAUGACUAUGAUUGUGAUUAUGAUCACGAUGAUCAUGAUCAUGAUGAUGAUGGCGAUUACGAUGAUUAUGAUUAUGAUGAUGAUGACUAUGAUUGAUUGUGAUCAUCAUUAUGAUGAUUACGAUCACGACUAUAAUUGUGAUUAUGAUCAUGAUGAUUAUGAUUAUGAUGACGAUGGUGAUGACGAUUACGAUGGUUAUGACUAUGAUGAUCAUGGAAAUCAUGAUUAUGAUUAUAAAUACGAUGACUACGAUCAUGGUUAUGAUGAUUGA